AUGCUUCGAUCUCUUCGUCUGUUCACCCGAGUGCCGGUGCGCUCGGUGCGCUGGAAUUCCACUGCCGGUCCGACUCUGCCGCCGUUGAUGGCCACUCUGCGCAAUGAUCUCAAGACCGCAAUGAGAGCGAAAGACACCUCCCGCCUCAAUGUCCUCCGCGCCCUGAUCUCUGAGACCAACAACGCUGCCAAAACCGCUUCACCCAUUCAGACCGAUAUCCAACUCCUUUCCCUCAUCCGCAAACGAGCAUCCGCAGCCAAGGAUGCUGCACAGCAGUUUGCUGAAGCUGAUCGGCCCGACCUGAAAGAAAAGGAAGAUGCGCAAAUUGCCGUCUUGGAGGAGUAUGCUAGCCAGGUUAAGACCAUGACUGUGGAAGAAGUGGAAGCCGUGAUUGCAACAGAGGUUGCUGCCAUCAAGGAAUCUGGCAAGAAGCUGGAGAUCGGACAGGUUCUCAAGGCUCUUUUCGCCCCCGGUGGUGCUCUGGAUGGCAAGCCCGCAGACCGGAAAGAGGUUGCUGGGCUGGUCAAGAAGGCUGUCUCUGCUUGA